AAGGAUACAAUUGAAAGCCACUAAUUUCCAAACUAACAAGUCAUGAACGGCAAUUCUUUAAUGCAUCCCAUUUACGGAUUGCUUGCUUACCAAGCUAAAAUGGGGGUGCUUUAAAGAAUUUCCUCAUGAACUUGAGUUGGCCUGUGAAGUGUUGAUGAAUGGAAAGAAGAAGCAUCAAGUGGGCCUGCAAGAUGGGCUUACCCAGCCCAAAGGAGCCCAUCAUGAAGACAUAAAAAUAUCAAUUUUAUAUGGAAAGGUUGGUUGUGUUAUGGAUAAGGGAUAAGGUUUUGAUACGAAGAUCAGCCAAUGAGAUAGGAGGGGCUUCAACAGCCACAACCUUGAUCUUGCAUUGAGCCAUGAAACUACUUAGCCACUUGGGUUCCUCACUAGAGACACUUGUCUAUUAACUCUUUUUUGUUGUUGUGGUGUUUCAUUUGUGAAACUAACAACAACACAAGGCCAUCAUCAUGGCAGCUGCUUCCCCAAUGGCAAGCCAACUCAAGUCCACCUUCACUAGGACUCUUGUAGCUCCCAAGGGCCUCUCUGCCUCUUCACCACUUCACCUCGUGCCUUCUAGAAGGCAAUUUAGCUUCACUGUUAAGGCCAUCCAAUCAGAGAAGCCAACCUAUCAAGUGAUUCAGCCAAUCAACGGUGACCCAUUCAUUGGAAGCCUGGAAACCCCAGUUACAUCCAGCCCUUUGAUCGCAUGGUACUUGUCCAACCUGCCCGCAUACAGAACCGCAGUGAGCCCACUACUAAGAGGGAUCGAGGUGGGCCUGGCCCACGGAUACCUUCUGGUGGGCCCAUUCGUGAAGGCCGGGCCUCUUAGGAACACCGAGAUCGCCGGGCAAGCGGGCUCUCUGGCCGCCGGUGGGCUUGUGGUGAUCCUCAGCCUUUGCCUCACAAUCUAUGGGAUUUCAUCCUUCAACGAAGGAGCCCCAUCCACUGCUCCGUCGCUGACCUUGACGGGCCGCAAGAAGGAGCCCGAUCAGCUCCAAACUGCUGAUGGGUGGGCCAAGUUCACCGGAGGCUUCUUCUUCGGAGGCAUUUCGGGUGUUAUUUGGGCCUACUUCCUCCUCUACGUCUUGGACCUUCCAUACUACAUCAAAUGAUGAAUGUGCUUACUAGCUUUCUUUACUUUUUCUUAUUCAUUCUCCAUGAAUGGACAAUUUGUGCAAUAGAGAUGGAUGUAAAUGAUGUAUUGUAUGACUCUCAACAUGUUAUAAUGUUCAUUCCUCUCUCCUAUUCUCGCCUUCUUUUAA